AUGAGGCUCUCUCCGGCUCCUGCUCUGGAUCCAAGUUUGGCUGGUAGUCUGGUUCUACUACAUCUAGCUGUGGUGGCUGGUGGGCUUGCCUGGCUCUCGUCUGCCUCUGUCUCUGCCUCUGGGCUGGAGUCUGUCAGAUGCAGACUCCAAGGCACCCCUCGUCCUCCGGCGUUCUCCCAGGACGGGGACUUUGUCAUCGGGGGUGUUUUCUCCAUCCAUUACUAUAUGCACACUGUGGAUCACAGCUACACCAGCCUGCCUGAGCCCCUGCAGUGCACAGGGAGAAUGGAUUCCCGUGAGUUACGCUUCUCGCGUACCAUGAUCUUCGCAGUUGAGGAGAUAAACAACAGUUCACACCUGCUACCGGGUGUCACCCUUGGUUAUCAAGUACACGACUCCUGUGCCUCGGUUCCUAUGGCCGUGAAAGUGGCCUUCCAACUGGCUAACGGCCUGGACCCAAUGUUUGAUACCGGACAACAGUGCUCGGGGUCGGCUACAGUGACAGCUAUCGUGGGCGAGUCUGGCUCCACGCCAACUAUCAGCAUGUUGCGCAUCACCGGCCCUUUCGGCAUUCCACAGGUGAGUCACUCUUCCACCUGUGCGUGUCUGAGUGAUAAGAAACAGUAUCCAACCUUCUUCAGAACCAUCCCCAGUGAUCAGUUCCAGGCUGCCGCUCUGGCAAACCUCAUCAGGCACUUCGGCUGGACCUGGAUUGGGGCGGUCCGUUCCGACUCUGACUACGGUAAUAACGGGAUGGCUGCUUUCCUACAGGCAGCACAAGAGGAAGGCAUCUGUGUGGAGUAUUCUGAAGCCUUCUACCGUACCAACCCACUCAGCAGAGUGCAACGGGUGGCCGACGUAAUCCGCAGCUCCACAGCCCAGGUGGUGGUUGCAUUCGUAGCCUCUGGGGACAUGAGGAUCCUGCUGGAGGAGAUGGAACGCCUGCCCUCUCCGCCCCGCCAGUGGAUCGGGAGUGAGUCCUGGGUCACUGACCCAGAUAUGUUGCGCUUCGGACUGUGUGCCGGGGCCAUCGGAUUUGGCAUCCAACGCUCUGUCAUCCCCGGCCUCAGGGACUUCCUCCUGGACCUCUCCCCACAGAAGGUGUCCAACUCUCUCCUGCUAACUGAGUUCUGGGAGGGAGCAUUUGGCUGCAGGCUGAGGAUAGGGACCUCAUCAACAGGUGUUGGGGUUGAAGAGAAGGUGUGUGAUGGCAGUGAGGAUAUACAACAGCUACAGGCCCCCUACACAGAUACAUCCCAGCUGCGUGUCACUAACAUGGUGUAUAAAGCUGUUUAUGCCAUAGCACACGCCAUCCACAGUAUCGUUUGUGAAGAGAGAGAAAACUCCACUGUGAACUGUGACAAAAACCUAAAUGUGAAGCCAACACAGGUCCUGGAGAGAUUGAGGAGUGUGAACUUCUCUCGUAACGGGUACCAGGUGUCUUUCGAUUCCAACGGGGACCCAGUGGCCACCUAUGAGCUUGUCAACUGGCAGAUACGGGAGAGUGGGAAGAUGGAGUUUGUGACAGUGGGGCGCUAUGAUGCGUCCCUGCCUCCUGACCAGAGGCUUGACAUGGAGAGGGAAAUCACCUGGGUAAAGAACAGUACGGAAGUACCUGUGUCAGUUUGCAGUGAGAGAUGUCCCCCAGGCACUCGUAAGGCUGUACAGAAAGGAAAGCCUGUAUGCUGUUAUGACUGUAUCCAAUGUGCAGAUGGAGAGAUCAGUAAUAACACAGAUUCUUCAGACUGUCUGAUCUGUCCAGAAGAGUACUGGCCCAACGCUGAGAGAGACCUCUGUAUCCUUAAACCUGUGGAGUUCCUGUCCUUCCACGAGGUCCUCGGAAUCAUCCUGACUGCCUGCUCUAUGGGCGGGGUUUGUCUGGCCAUCGCCACGGCAACUGUCUUCUACCGCCACCGAACUUCGGCCAUCGUCAGGGCCAACAACUCUGAGCUGAGCUUCCUACUGCUCUUCUCCUUGGCUCUGUGUUUUCUGUGUUCUCUUACUUUCAUUGGCCGGCCCUCUGAAUGGUCCUGUAUGCUGCGUCACACAGCGUUUGGGAUCACCUUCGUCCUCUGCAUCUCUUGUGUUCUGGGGAAAACAAUAGUGGUGUUGAUGGCCUUCAGGGCUACACUUCCAGCCAGUAAUGUCAUGAAAUGGUUUGGUCCUCCACAGCAGAGAUUGACUGUAGUGUCCUUCACGUUUGUCCAGGCUUUGAUAUGCACUCUGUGGUUGGUCCUGUCCCCUCCCUUCCCCAUCAAAAACCUCACUACCUACAAGGAAAAGAUAAUUCUAGAGUGUGAUGUGGGUUCAGCUAUUGGAUUCUGGGCUGUAAUGGGCUAUAUAGGACUCCUGUCUCUCUUGUGCUUUGUGCUGGCUUUUCUGGCUCGGAAGCUGCCGGAUAACUUCAACGAGGCCAAAUUCAUCACCUUCAGCAUGCUCAUAUUCUGUGCAGUCUGGAUCACCUUUAUCCCAGCUUAUGUCAGCUCUCCUGGAAAGUUCACUGUAGCUGUGGAGAUCUUUGCCAUCAUCACCUCUAGCUUUGGGUUGUUCUUUCUAUUAUUUGUUCCUAAAUGCUUUAUUAUUCUGUUCAGGCCGGAGAAGAACACCAAGAAACACCUCAUGGAGAAGACAUCCAAUGAUAAACGUUAUUAAGAAAUGAUAGAGGGGAACAAACAUUGUAACGAUCAGUUAUAUUGUUUAUCAUAUAGUUAGGACUACUUUGACAGAGAUGACCAACAAUUUAGCAGCUAAUCAUUGGUAACAUUGUAACUAGUUACAUGACACAGGUUCACUGUAGAUAUACCAAUGUUAUGAGAGAUUGUUCAAAUCUAGAUUUUUAAAAUGAUAUUACUAAUGCCCUAGAUUAUAGACAGUGCUGUGCCGCCUUGUUCAUUGAUUUAGCUAAAGCUUUUGACACUGUCGACCAUGCGAUUCUUUUGGGUAAGCUGUUGUCAUUAACACUGGGAUUGGAUGCCUGCCGUUGGUUUCAUGACUAUCUAAAGGAUAGAAGUCAGGCUGUUAGAGUCGACGGCAUCCAGUCGGAGCCAUUGGAGUUGCUUAAAGGGGUCCCACAAGGUUCCAUACUUGGUCCAUUACUGUUCACUCUCUACAUAAACAACAUCGGUGAUGAGAUAAGAAAGUGUCAAAUUCAUUUAAAUGCUGAUGACACUGUCAUCUACUCUUUCGCUUCAACGGCUGACCAAGCAUUAUCACUGUAUUUUAUACAGCUGAAACUUGUUUUAAAUGCAAAUAAAACACAUUUGAUGAUUUUAAUAGGUUCAAAAAGUUGGUUGAAAAUACACUUGCACUUACGAGCUUGGAUGGUUUUUCGAAUUAAUCAGGUCUCUGCAUAUAAAUACUUAGGGACAUGGUUGGAUGAUGAACUGUCUUUUAAAAUGCAUAUUGACCAACUUUGUAAACGGCUAAAAAUCAAGCUAGGCUUCCUCUAUAGAAACAGGACAUGCUUGCCCUCUACAAAUAGAAGACAAAUGAUACAAGCUACUUUUAUGUCUGUUAAAGAUUAUGGGGAUAUUAUUUACAUGCAUUCUACGGCAUCAACACUUAAAUAGCUGGGUCCUACUUAUCAUUGCGCACUUAGGUUUAUUACGGGUGCUAGCUACAGAACUCACUUUUAUAUCAAAUUGUGGGUUGAACUUUGCUGUCUGUGAGACGAGAACACACUCUCGUGUUUGUCUAUAAAGCACUUCUGAAAAAGCUACCUUCUAAUUUAUCAUUACUCAUCAAUAUUAUAAUUAUAUAUCCUAAAACCAGGCUCAAGCAUGGAUUACACUUGAGGCCCAUGUGAUUUCCACAGAGUUGGGUAUGGCUGCCUUUUCCUAAUACUCUCCUUGCCUAUGGAAUAGCCUGCAGACUAAACUUAAACUUAAGAAUCUUGUCCCCCUUGAUCAUUUUAAAUAUUUAUUGGAGCAUUGUUUUAAAAAUUGCUUGUAACUGUUUCGGGAAAUGCAACUUCUUGUGCUGUUAGUAGAAUAACCUACGUGUAAAUUAAAUCUGUUUCUGUAUGUUUAUUGUGUUAUCUGUGAUAGUUUUGUUUGUCUUGUUUAGUGUUUUAAUCAUUGUACAUAAACUGUAUGUGUAAACAUGUAUGCCAGGGCUCAGCUGUAACAGAGACCUUGUUCUCAGGCUGUGUUCCUUGUUGAAAUAAAGUUAUAAAAAAAAAAUAUAUAUAUUUAAAAAUCUAACU